AGUAUUCAACAGUGAGGCAGUGCGAGUGAACAUGUCGGAGCAGAUCGAGCAGAUGAGUUUACCUCCCGGAUGGGAUUGUAAAUACGAUGCCCGGACAGGCCGAUACUAUUACGUGAAUUUGUUCACAAAAACGACAACAUGGGAGGAUCCACGCGCCAGAUUUCGCCAAAUUCAGACGGGUGCCCCGCUGCACAUCUCAAAUGAUAGCAUCUCGGUUCAGCCAGUGCAUGGUUCUCCCUAUCACGUGUACCCUUCAAGUAACUCGUUCUACCCAGCUCAACAAGCUUUCCAGAAUCCACCCUCGGGUGUUCCCAGUUUAACAGCUAGUCCCAAUUUAACCACCAAAUUGCAGCAACAACAACAUCCAAUUGUAAGAGAGCUAUCGCCAAUGGUACGGUUCGGCUCAUUACAUCGCCCCUGAAUGGGGCUCGGUCGUCACGCUAUGCAGGAGACAUCCUUUUCCAACAAUGUCAGCGCAGCCGAGACUGAUGCCACCGUUGCCAAAAUUAACUCGAUGUUCCCGACCGUCCCGGAAACCCACAUCCGAAUGCUGCUCAAAAAAUACUACAAUCGCGAAGCGGUCGUCAUAAGCGCCCUGCAGGUGGAGAAGCACCUGUUGACCACCCUGGGUCCCUUGACCCCACCGCUACCCCAGCGCCACUUCCACAACACGGCCAUGGGGGUGGUUUCGGCCUUCCAGAUGACCCCGGUGCUCAGCGGCCGCAGCGAGGUUUCCACCUCUCGCACCGCUAGUCCGAUCCCGCGACCGGCCAGCUGUGCUGCAUGGAGCUACUACGGCUACUACCACGGAUCGCCUCGCAGCAACGGAUUCGACAUCCGGCACAACUCGCCCAAGCCGCAUUCAUCGCCCAAGAUGAGACUGAGAUACCUGAAGAGUUUCUUCCCGAAAGCAGACGAAGAUCUGAUUUUGGAUGUGUUGGCCAAUGCUGAUAACAACGUGCAAACGGCUUCGCAACAGUUGAUCAAGUUGGGCUACGAGAAGCGCGAUCAAUCGGCUAAUCAACGCUCGUCGCGCAAAGGUUCCGAAAAAGACGGUCAAUCACAGUCGGGUGCGGAUGCCAAACGGGCGGAGUCUCAAACGCCUACUGCCAAACCAAAGUCUCAUGAUGAGAAAAAGAAAAUCAAGGCUCGUCUCCAAACCAAAUAUAAAGACAUUGCCGAGCGGAUCAUUUUAAUGGCACUGGAGAGCGUUGACUAUUCGGAGGACCGUGCCAAACAAAUUCUUAAUAUCGUAAUCCAAGAAGAUAAGGAGAAAAAGAAGAGCGUCAAAAUCGAUGCCCACAAACCGGACGAAGAUAAAGAGAAUGCCCAAGCAGGUAGCUCCACGCCAAGCCGCAACAACAGUACUUCCUCGAACCACGUGCGUACCCCCAAGAAAUCUGGCGACGAACAUCCGAAACCGCCGUCAGAGACCGAGAACGGUGGCACCGAUCUGGAACCGAGCGCGGCCGAGAACGAAAACGCCACACCGGAUGCUUCCAUUGAAAUUACCACUUCCACCACCAAUUCCACUGCAAUCAUUAACGAUUCACCACAAUCACCACUCUCGCAGCAACUUAGUGGCACCACCAACACCGUCAAUGGCAACAAUCAACCACAAGCAGUCACCACCGGAAGCACCGAUUUGAACAAUAACAGUAGCAAUAGCGCAGCAGCAUCCGCUUCCACUCCCGCAAAUAGGCAGCCAAACCGCGCUAGAGCCAAGGCCGAUCAUGCAAAAAGCUCUUCGUCCGAGGACGAACUGGAUGCACCAUCGAUCACUCAACAGAGCGCCGAAAAGAUGACAACCAGCAGCAACAUUCCUCGGAUCGCCAGCAAGGGUCCCAAUGCGAAACUAUUCAAGGGCCCGAACGACGAUCUGCUACUCGCGGACUACGUCACCUGGAACGGUGCCAACCCGGAUCUGGCCAAGGGCUCCCAGAAGUUGGCCCUGGGUCCGGAUCGGUCGAUCCGUUUGGAACGUGGCAGCUACAAAGCACGUGGCCCGAAUGCGGACCUUUGCAAGGGUCCGGUCGCCGGUCUGGCCAAGGGCAGCAUGUACGCCCAGCUCAACUGCUCCCUGACGGACGUCAAGUGCAACUAGGGACGAUUCCGCCGUAGUCGCUCGGAGUCGCCUCGGCACACGAAGCGCUAUCUGUACUACCACUGAACACAUUCCUUCACGGAAGUUGAACACACGAAUCUUUCCUCUUCUGUGGUUUUGGAUUUUUCAAACUAUUAGGAAUAUGGUUGUUGUAGGGUUUUACAUCAUUUUACUUUACGUGUAUCCAUUCCCUCCGGGAUUCAAGAGUGCAAUAAUUGUGUUUGAAUCAAAUCGAAGUUGUCUUUACCUUUUCAUACUACUUUUACGAAUCGUACCUAUCUAUUAUAAAAGAGGGAAAUGUUGAUUGACUUACUUACGGAUAUACUAAACAUAACUGAAUGCACUUAUAACAAACGAUUUAUCUUUUCCUAAGGACAAAGUUUAUUUUUCUACAAAAAUAUGCUAAUUGUAAGUGAAACCAAAGUAUGAGAUAACGGAAUACGGUGGUAUGUAAUGGAAAUAUGAGAAAUGGUAGAAUGUUGAUACACAGCUACAUACAAUAACGAAGUUACAGAGCACAUUGUUACUCAUGGUAGAUCACAUAAUAGAAGAAUGUGCUUAUUGGAAAAUCUUUGGCAUCGAGAAAUAGCCAGUAGUAAAAAAACAAUACUAUACUAAUGUGUUUGUGAUUAAAUGCGGAUGCUUCAAUUUUUUUUUCAUGCCUAUAUUUCAAAAUUACAGAUGGUCUGACGCUACGCUACGAUAUUUUUUCAUGCGUUUGAUACAAAUAGAAAUUCCGGUUUUUACCAGAAAAAAACACAUUUUCAUCAGGAAAAUCUUAUGACUUUCUUCUUGGAAAUAUCCUAAAUUCACGCGAAAGAUUUAUCUGAAACUCA